AUGUCCUCCCAACCAGAACUGUCCAAGGAGACCAGUGUCCUGCUGGCCAAAGACAUGACUUUCGAGCAGAUAAUGCAUAAGAAGACCGCCGAGGGCAAAGUCGGUUUCACCGCCAUGCUCGGCAAGGACAAGGAGGCACAGAAGGCGGCGUCUGCAGACUAUUUCAGACAUUGGGACAACAAGGCUGCCAAGGACGAGACCAAGGAAACCCGAGAUGCACGCAAAGAGGAGUACGCCUCGAUAACGAGGCAGUACUACAACCUGGCGACCGACUUCUACGAGUACGGCUGGUGCUCGAGCUUCCACUUCUGCCGCUUCGCCUACGGCGAGCCAUUCCGGCAGGCCAUCGCGCGCCACGAGCACUACCUCGCCCACAGCAUCGGCAUCAAGAAGGGCAUGAAGGUGCUCGACGUCGGCUGCGGCGUCGGCGGGCCCGCGCGCGAGAUCACAAAGUUCACGGGCGCCUACAUCACGGGCAUCACCAUCAACGAGUACCAGGUCCAGCGGGCGACGCACUACGCCGCCAAGGAGGGCCUGUCGGACUUUUUGCAGUUUGUGCAGGGCGACUUUAUGGAACUCCCCUUCGAAGACGACACCUUCGACGCCGUCUACGCCAUCGAGGCCACCGUCCACGCCCCCUCCCUGGCGGGCGUCUACUCCGAGAUCCGCCGCGUGCUCAAGCCGGGCGGCGUCUUCGGCGUCUACGAGUGGGUCAUGACGGACGCCUACGACAACGACGACCUGCACCACCGCGAGAUCCGCCUCGCCAUCGAGCAAGGGGACGGCAUCGCCAACAUGGUCAAGGCCGAGGUCGCGCUCGCCGCCGUCGCCGAGGCCGGGCUCGAGCUGCUCGAGCACGAGGACCUGUCGGCCCGCGCCGAGGACUCGAUCCCCUGGUACUGGCCGCUCGACGGCAGCGGCUGGCGCCACGCGAGCAACGUCUCGGACAUGCUCAUGACGCUGCGCAUGACGCGGGUCGGCAGCACCUUCUUCCACAACUUCAUGCGCGUGCUCGAGGCGGUCGGGCUCGCGCCCCCCGGGACCAAGAGGACGGGCGACAGCCUGCAGGAGGCCGCGGGCGCGCUGGUGCAGGGCGCCAAGGAGAGGCUGUUUACGCCCAUGUUCCUCAUGGUGGCGAGGAAGCCCGAGGAGAAGGAGUCGUGA